AUGGGAGACAUGGGAGAUCCACCAAAAAAAAAACGUCUGAUUUCCCUAUGUGUUGGUUGCGGCAAUCAAAUUCACGAUCAGUAUAUUCUGAGGGUUUCUCCGGAUUUGGAAUGGCAUGCGGCAUGUUUGAAAUGUGCGGAGUGUAAUCAGUAUUUGGACGAGAGCUGUACGUGCUUUGUUAGGGAUGGAAAAACCUACUGUAAAAGAGAUUAUAUCAGGUUGUACGGGAUCAAAUGCGCCAAGUGUAGCAUCGGCUUCAGCAAGAACGACUUCGUGAUGCGCGCCCGCUCCAAGGUGUACCACAUCGAGUGUUUCCGCUGCGUGGCCUGCAGCCGCCAGCUCAUCCCCGGGGACGAGUUCGCGCUGCGAGAGGACGGGCUUUUCUGCCGUGCGGACCACGACGUGGUGGAAAGGGCCAGCCUGGGGGCCGGCGACCCGCUCAGCCCUCUGCACCCGGCGCGGCCGCUGCAAAUGGCAGCCGAACCCAUCUCCGCCCGGCAACCGGCCCUGCGGCCCCACGUCCACAAGCAGCCGGAGAAGACCACCCGCGUGCGGACUGUGCUGAAUGAGAAGCAGCUGCACACCUUGCGGACCUGCUACGCCGCCAACCCCCGGCCUGAUGCGCUCAUGAAGGAGCAACUGGUAGAGAUGACGGGCCUCAGCCCCCGCGUGAUCCGGGUCUGGUUUCAAAACAAGAGGUGCAAGGACAAGAAGCGCAGCAUAAUGAUGAAGCAACUCCAGCAGCAACAGCCCAAUGACAAAACUAAUAUCCAGGGGAUGACAGGAACUCCCAUGGUGGCUGCCAGUCCAGAGAGACAUGACGGUGGCUUACAGGCUAACCCUGUGGAGGUGCAAAGUUACCAGCCGCCUUGGAAAGUACUGAGUGACUUCGCCUUGCAGAGUGACAUAGAUCAGCCUGCUUUUCAGCAACUGGUCAAUUUUUCAGAAGGAGGACCGGGCUCUAAUUCCACUGGCAGCGAAGUUGCGUCGAUGUCCUCUCAACUCCCAGAUACACCUAACAGCAUGGUAGCCAGUCCUAUUGAGGCAUGA